CCUGAGGGUGUGCGUCGGCCGAGGGGGAGGCUCUUCACUCCUUCGGCCUAUUGGCGGGAAUUGGUUGGCUCGCUCUCCCCCCCUGGGGAGCGGAGGUUUCGAGAUCCCACCAUUGAGACAGGCCAGGUUGGAAAGCGCGUCUCCCCGCAGCCGGCUUCCUCCCCCGAGCCCGUUUCCGGCCCGCGAGCCUCUAGCGAGAUGUUGCUGCUGGUGCUGCUGCUCCCCGCGUGCUGGGCCGUGGAGGUCCGGCGGCCUCGGGGCGUCUCCCUCACCAACCAUCACUUCUACGAUGAGUCCAAGCCUUUCACUUGCCUGGACGGCUCGGUCACCAUCCCUUUUGAUCAGGUCAACGAUGACUACUGUGACUGCAAGGACGGCUCGGAUGAGCCGGGCACGGCUGCCUGCCCUAACGGCAGCUUCCACUGCACCAACACUGGCUACAAGCCUCUGUACAUCUCCUCCAGAUGGGUCAACGAUGGAGUUUGUGACUGCUGCGACGGGACGGACGAGUACAAUAGUGGGGUCGUCUGUGAGAACACCUGCAGGGAGAAGGGCCGCAAGGAGAGAGAGACGCUGCAGCAGAUGGCAGAGGUCACCCGCGAGGGCUUCCGCCUGAAGAAGAUCCUCAUCGAGGACUGGAAGAAGGCCCGGGAAGAGAAGCAGCAAAAGCUCACUGAGCUACAGACCGGAAAGAAGUCCCUGGAGGACCAGGUGGAGAUGCUGCGGACGGUGAAGGAGGAGGCUGAGAAGCCAGAGAAGGAGGCCAAAGACCAGCACCAGAAGCUGUGGGAAGAGCAGCAGGCCGCCUCCAAGGCCCAGCGGGAGCAGGAGCUGGCGGCCGGUGCCUUCCAGGAGCUGGACGACAACAUGGACGGGGUGGUCUCGGUGGCCGAGCUGCAGACCCACCCAGAGCUGGACACAGAUGGGGACGGGGUGCUAUCCGAAGGAGAAGCCCAGACCCUGCUCGGGGGAGACUCGCAGAUGGACCCUACCUCCUUCCACGACCGCGUCUGGGCUGCCAUCAGGGACAAGUACCGGUCUGAGGUUCUACCCACCACUCCACCAGCGCCUUCGGUGCCUGACCUCACGGAGCCCAAGGAGGAGCAGCCCCCGGUACCCUCACAGCCCACGGAGGAGGAGGAGGAGGAGGAGGAGGAGGAGGGAGAAGGAGAGACGGAGGAGGAGGAGGAAGAGGAGGAGGAGGAUUUCCAGGUGCAGGGGGAGCAGCCCAAGGAGGCCCCACCCCCACUCGCGCCCCCCCAGCCAGCCAGCCCCACGGAGGACAAAAUGCCGCCCUAUGAUGAGCAGACGCAGGCCUUGAUUGACGCUGCCCAGGAGGCCCGCAACAAGUUUGAGGAGGCCGAGCGGUCCUUGAGGGACAUGGAGGAGGCCAUCAGGAACCUGGAGCAGGAGAUUUCCUUUGACUUCGGCCCCAGCGGGGAGUUUGCCUACCUGUACAAGCAGUGCUACGAACUCACCACCAAUGAGUAUGUCUACCGACUCUGUCCCUUCAAGCAUGUCUCACAACAACCCAAGCUUGGCGGCGGCUCUCCCACCAACCUCGGCACCUGGGGCUCGUGGGCUGGCCCUGAACACGACAAGUUCAGCUCCAUGAAGUACGAACAGGGCACUGGCUGCUGGCAGGGCCCCAACCGCUCCACCACUGUGCGCCUGUUGUGUGGGAAGGAGACGAUGGUGACCAGCACCACGGAGCCCAGUCGCUGCGAGUACCUCAUGGAGCUGAUGACGCCUGCUGCCUGCCAAGAGCCACCCCCCGAGCCACCUGCAGACAGCGACCACGAUGAGCUCUAGCCCUGCCCCGCCAAGAACCUCAAGGCAUGGAACGAGCCUCAGUGGUGCCACCUACCCGCCCAUCUGGACGAAGGCCUGCCCCUCUGAGUCUCCUUGCCCUCCCACAGGCAGGAACCGUUCGGGCCCCCCCCCCCGCCCUGCUCUUGGGGGGUCAGGCUGGGCAGAGCAUUUGCCCAGGCCUCAGUGGGCCUCCAAAAUGGACUAAAGGAGUGCACCCUCCCCAGGCCAUAGCCUGGUGACUCACUGCCUCCCCCCUCCUUCCCCUCUCCCCUCUCCCCCUCCCCCGCCCUCCGCCCCCCCCUGUUCCCACUCCCCACCCCCGUGCCCCUGCCCAUGGUGUCUGCCUCCCCUGCUGGUGGGGACUGAAUAGACUGUGACCUUGAACAAUAAAUGAUUCCCCAACCCA